ACGGAGUUUUGUCUGUGUUGUGUUGGGAGGUUUUGCUGCAAAAUUCCGUAUUUUUCGAUAUUUCUUUUUUGUCAUCUGAGAGAUCUUUACAUUCUUGGUACAUAUACACCAUUUGCUGUCUGCUCCUUUUCUUUCAAAUCGUGGCUUACGUCACGGUACUGUGAAAGGUGGCUUCAUCAUCUCAUUACAAUUAGGUUGGUGGGGCGCAAAUAAAACUCAUCGAUAAGUUGGACACGUUUUGUAUUUUAACAUAAUAUAGUCACCCUAUGAGUUAUCAAAAGUAUUUUAUUGUUCUUUCAUCCACAUUCCUCUAUUUUACUGUUGUACUCUCGUCUCAGCUUUUAAGUGUAGGUAGGUUCCGUCCUACUCAGUAGGUGGUCAAAAGGUAGGUCUUAAGGAAUGGAAACAGAGAAUAAUGUGUUGUGUGACAUGCAUGCAAAAUUAUGUGAGAGUAAUGAUGUGUUAUCCUUUCUUAUUCAUCCUCAUUCAUUCCUAACAUUCAUCUCUGUUAACAUCAUGUCUGAUCUCUGUUUCAGUUACAUGCGCCUUGACAUUGUCUAUUGCUCUUGACAGAUGACUUGUCUUGAAUACAAACUGAGUGACAAAUGGUCUUCAUACCUUUCUACAAUCCAUGUACUAAUCCAGAACCUAGGCACUCAACGAGAUUAGGGCCUUCCGGCAUAGUGCCUUUCAAAAUCCUGAUAAGUGUGUCACGAUGACCGACAACAGUUUGGAUGCCACGCGGCGACUGGCAGCCAAGAAGCAGACUCUCGAUGACGCGUAUGCAGCGCCAGCCAACUUCCUGGAGAUUGAUGUCGUAAAUCCAAUCACCCACGGACUUGGCACCAAGCGGUACACCGACUACGAAGUUCGGAUGAGGACGAAUCUCCCCGUGUUUAAAGUGAAGGAGUCGAGCGUACGCCGGAGGUAUAGCGAGUUUGAGUGGCUGAGGAGCGAACUGGAGCGGGACAGCAAGAUCGUGGUGCCGACGCUGCCGGGAAAGGCGCUGAAGCGGCAGCUGCCGUUCCGCUCCGAUGACGGCAUCUACGAGGAGGGUUUCAUCGAGGAGCGCCGCACUGCCCUCGAGGUGUUCAUCAACAAGGUGGCCGGCCACCCGCUGGCCCAGAACGAGCGCUGCCUGCACAUGUUCCUGCAGGAGCCGGUCAUCGACAAAAACUACGUCCCCGGCAAGAUCCGCAACAUGUAGUGGGCAGCAGGCCCAGCGUCGAGCGCAGAGCUCUGGACCGGGGUCCCACCGGGCCAGAGCCAGUCACCACGGGAAGGGGCUGCCGUCAGCGGAGGAGCAGCUGCCGUCUGCGGGCAAAGGGGCGAGCAGCUGCCGUCACUGGGCAGAGGGACGGAACAGCUGCCGUCAGCGGGCAGAGGGACGGAGCGGUGUCGCCGGGCAGAGGCGGGCUGCCGCUGAUCUGAGGGUCUGAGGACAGGCCCGGGUGGCGUCCCUGCCGCCCCUACCGCCAUAUGUGGCGCCGCGCCCCGUGCACUGGGUGUGAGAGCCGGCGGCGCCGUGCCCCGCACGCAGGGUGCGCCGGCGCCGCGCCCUGUUCGCUGCCCCGCACGUCAGCGGCGCGGCAGUCCUCCCGGCCGUGUCCAACGGUGAGUCGGCCCGAGACGCGGCGCCCCGCCCCGCCGGCCCAUCUCGCAGGCCGUGAUACCGUAUUCCGCAGUGUGUAACCCUCAGUCGUAUCCGUCACUACGUAAUCCUUCUCUCGUGCGUAUGCAGCCGGUUUACAUUCGUUAUUCGCUUGGCUUGGUUGUAAGUGCCGGGUGUGGCGGCGCGCCGGUCAGCGCGGGCACCCACCCUCGGCCACCGCUCGCCGGGUUCGGCGUCACAUGACCCGCUGGCUUGGUGGAAUGCUCUAUUUAUGUAAGGAAUUAUGCUAAGCAGUUGUUAUGGUUGCAUGCGAAUACACUAUGUGAUAAGUA